UGUAAUAAAAACCGAACCAAAGCUCGAAUCAGAGAUUUCCAGAUAAUUACUUCCGACAAUUCUAGUUCUUCCCUCUCUCUCUCUCUGUCUCUCCGUCCUCAAGAACCCUAAUAGUUUCGAAUUCAACGAUCUGAGUCUCUCUCUUUCUUUCCUUAAAAAUCUUCCGAUAUGGUUUAGAAUCUUUCAUCUUAAUGGAAGCUGACGUGUCAAUCGUCUGAAAAAAAAAAUCCCUUAUCGCGUUCAAAUUUUCCCCAGCAAAAAGAUUAAAUCUUUUUUUCCACCGUUUGUUUCAAUCUGUGAAGGAAGAAGAAGAAGAAGAAGAUUAAGGACGAUGAUGGUGAUGACGAAUCGUGCUCUUGUCUUCCUCCUCCUCAUACUCUUCCACCUCCUCACCCUCUCUUCGUUCACCUCAGCCAAAGUGAUUCUCAUCAGGAACAACAUCACUCGCUCUUUCGACGACAUCGAAGCCAACUUCGCUCCCUCUGUUAAAGCUGCUGGUGAAAUUGGAUUGCUUUACGUGGCUGAGCCUCUUGACGCUUGCUCUGACUUGACGAAUAAGCCUGAACAGAGCUCGAAUGGUACUUCCCCUUUUGUGUUGAUCGUUAGAGGAGGUUGUAGUUUCGAAGAUAAAGUCAGAAAAGCCCAGAGAGCUGGUUUCAAAGCUGCUAUUAUACAUGACAAUGAAGACCGUGGAAUCUUGGUAGCAAUGGCAGGUAACUCGGGAGGUAUAAAGAUUCAUGCGGUUUUCGUUACUAAGGAGACUGGAGAUGCGUUAAAGGAGUUCGCCGGUUUGUCUGAUGCCAAAGUGUGGCUGCUUCCUAGCUUCGAGAACUCUGCUUGGUCCAUCAUGGCGGUCUCGUUCAUCUCUUUGCUCGCAAUGUCAGCUGUUCUCGCCACUUGUUUCUUCGUCCGCAGGCAUCGGAUAAGAAGACGAACGUCACGGUCCUCUAGAGUCAGAGAGUUUCACGGAAUGAGUCGCCGUUUGGUGAAGGCAAUGCCGAGUCUAAUCUUUAGUUCGGUGCACGAAGACAAUACUACUGCGUUCACUUGCGCUAUCUGUCUCGAAGACUAUAACGUCGGAGACAAGCUCAGGGUCUUGCCUUGCCGUCACAAGUUUCACGCGGUUUGUGUUGACUCGUGGCUAACCUCAUGGAGAACGUUCUGCCCCGUGUGCAAACGCGACGCGAGAACGGCCAACGGCGAGCCGCCAGCUUCGGAGAGCACUCCGUUGCUCUCGUCCGCCGCUUCGUCUUUUCACUCUUCCUCUGCGCUCUCUUCGUUCAGAUCAUCAGCAAUGCUGAUCGGUCCUUCCAUGGGAUCUUUACCGACUUCGAUCUCGUUCUCUCCGGCGCACGCGAGCUCUUCCUACAUCAGACAGUCCUUCAGGUCCUCCUCUCUCCGGAGAUCUCCUCCUAUAACCGUGAGUCGAAGCUCAAUGGAUCUCAGACACCAAGGAGGUUCUCCGUCGCCGUCGCAGAGAUCGUAUAUGGCUUCUCCACAGUCGUUUAAUUACCCGGCUAUGUCGCCUCUCAACGCUAGGUACAUGUCGCCGUAUAGGCCUAGCCCGAGCAAUGCGUCACCUGGAUUGAUCGGGUCGUCAUCGAAUCAUCCGUUAAAUCCUCUGCGUUACAGUGAAUCAGCAGGAACUUUCUCUCCAUACGCUUCUGCAAACUCGCUGCCAGACUGUUGAAAAAGUUCAUUGAACCAACUGGUUAUGGUUCAAUGGACAGGACAUAUGAGAUUUUUCUUUUUCUUUUUGUAUUUGAGUUUUAACUAAAGAGAGAUACGGUGUGUGUUUGUGUGUGUGUACUGAUGAUAUGCCUUAUAGUCUUAUAUGGUUGAGAUGAACAAUCUUUCGGGUUUAGGUUUAGAGAUUCUACUGCUACUUGCACUA